AUGGAGAGAGAACCUAAAGAGUCCUAAAGGGAGUUUGAACUUAAGGCAUAAAGGUAGAUUUCAGAAGCCAGUGCAAUAUACUACAAAUUAUGGCAGCGAAAAAAUCGACAAAGGCAACAAAAACUCGGAUUAGCAAUGACAGCAACAGCUCAAUAAAGAAGAAAACAGUAAAACCCCUCUCAAAGAAAAAACAGCGGGCACUGGAAAAGAGCACCAAAGUCAUGAUUGAAAAGAUGAACACGCACACCACAGAGGAUGACAUCUUCAACAUAAUCAAAUCGAUCGAAACUCAAACUGACACCAAGGCCGUGUCCGAUAGCGAAGUCGAUAAAAGAUCCUCCCCCGCCAAGGGCCUUGGUAGUUUGGAGACGCACCAAUUGAGAAGCGAUCAGGCAAAAGACGAACGCAUACAAGAAAAGGAAAAGGCUGUACAAUCAGACAUAGCAGAGCAGCUGCGGUUGAUAAACGACUUCACCUUAUGAUAUCCGGUGCACCGUCGACGUGCCAGCAAGCAGGCAAACAAACCCUAUAACCUCUUUACUAUGUAAUAUUAAUAUAUGCUCCACAGCUAUUAGUCCUGCGCAGUGUUUCUUUAUCAACAGUGUCUCCGCGCGGUGCCCAAAGCGGGAAAAGGUAAAUAUGCCCGGGCGACAAACUUUUCUAAACCUUUGACUGCAUCUUUUGACUGCAUCAUUUGUAGACCUCUUGAUAAGACCUUUUUGUGUUGUUGAAGAGACGUAGCAGUUAGUGGAAUAGUUUAGAACCAACAACAAGGAAAUCAUGCCAGUGAUGCCUUCUGGUUACUGGCAG